GUGUCGCGCAACUCGACCGCCAUCAUGGGAAAGCUGGUGCGGCUCGAGAUAUACAACUUCAAGUCCUACCGCGGACGCCAUACCCUCCUCUUCGGCGACUCGUACUUUACAUCCAUCAUCGGCCCCAAUGGAUCCGGAAAGUCGAACAGCAUGGACGCCAUCUCCUUCGUCCUGGGAGUCAGGUCGUCCCAUCUACGGUCCGAGAAGUUGAAGGACAUGGUCUACCGUGGCAGGAUCAUCCAAGAAGCUAGGAUCAAUGCCGAUGGCACCGUAACUGGAGCCGACGGCGAUGCGGGUGGCGGCGACGCGAAUGGUAAUUCCAAUGGCGACUCGCAGGACAACGGCGAUUCGCAAGCCAGCACCCAGCGCAACGACCCACAGAACGCCUGGGUCAAGGCCGUCUUUGAGGAUGAUGCUGAGCAGACACACGAGUGGCAGCGUACCAUUACGAGCUCUGGCUCAAGCGAGUACCGCAUUAACAAUCGGGUCGUCACUCAGAAACAGUACGGCGAGGCGCUCGAGGAGCACAGCAUUUUGGUCAAGGCGAGGAACUUCCUCGUCUUCCAGGGUGAUGUCGAAAAAUUGGCGACGACAGCACCAGAACAGCUCACACUGCAAGUCGAGCGCAUUUCCGGCAGUCUGGAGCAGAAGGCCGAGUACGAUCGCCUGAAGGAAGAGUCAGAGGCCGCCACCGAGGACAACGCGAAACAUCUGCACGAGCGUCGCGGUAUCAAUGGAGAACUCAAGACAUACCAGGAACAAAAAGCCGAAGCCGACGAAUACGAGAAGAAGCUUGCCGAGCGCGAUGAAGCCAUUGUCACCAAGAAUCUUUGGAAGCUCUAUCUAGACCAGCAGGUUAUGGAGAAGGCGCGGAACAAGAUUGCCAGUCAUCAAGAGGAGCUCAAAGAGCACAAGCGCAGCGUCGAAAAGUACCACCAGAGACACGAGGCGGAAAGGCAGGCCGAGGCUAAGAUCAGGCGAGAUCUUACCAAGACGGACCGCAACACCAAAGCUAAGGAGAAGGAGAUUGAAGAUGCCUCCAACGAGCUCGCACCCAUCGAAGAGAAGAUCCGACUGUCCAACGAGACGCGCCGAAAGUACGAGAGCAGACUUGACGAACUCCGAAAGAAGCGCGACGCAGAAAAGAAGGCAGUCGAAAAGUGCCAGAAGGAUCUUGAUCUGGUGCAAAAGGCCGAGAAGAAAUGGGAGGAUGACUUCAAGGCUGCUGCUCAGAAUCAAGGUCGUGAGCUUUCCGAGCAGGAUCUCCAAGAGUACGGUCGACUGCGCAGCGACGUUACGAAGCGGACACACGGAGAUCAGAUGCAGAUAGACAAGCUCAGGCGGGAGGUCGAGACGGACAGGGAUCAAGUCAAGAAUCUCCAGCAGAGCGUCGACAGCCAUGAAAAAGCUAUUGAAAAGCUGAAUGCAGACAUCAGUAAGCUCGAGGAACGCCAGCAAGCCUCCAAGACACAGAUCAGGGAUCUCGAAAGUGCAAGAGCCGCCAAACAGCAGGAACUUGACAGGCUUCAGGCCGACCGAAAGCAGAUCGAGAUGCAGUACUACGAGAAGAAUCAGCUGCUACAAGAGGUUCUGAAGCAGCUUAGUAUUGUAGAAGGUAGCCGUCGAGAGUCAAGGAAGCAGCAAGAGGCCCGCAGGACCAUUGAUCGCUUGAAAACUCGCUUCGGAUCCGAGAAAGUACACGGUCGUUACAAGGAUCUCAUCACGCCAAAGAUGCAAAAGUAUCGCAAGGCCAUCGGUCGCGUGCUCGGACACCAGAUGGAUACCGUCAUUGUCGACACGGAAGCUACUGCCAAAUCUUGCAUCGAGUACCUCAAGGCAGAACGCAUUGGAGUCAUGUCUUUCAACCCGUUGGACUCUAUCCAGAUCCAGGCAGUAGACCCUCAGCUGAAGGGUAUGCACGAAGGCAUGCGACUUGCCAUAGACUGUAUCAACUACGAGCCCAAGCAUGAGCGAGCAAUGACUGCCGCCUGUGGUAACACCAUGAUCUGUAAUACGGAGAAGCUCGCGAAAGAGCUCAGAUAUCAAAGGCGCAUCGAGGUUAAAGCGGUCACCCUGGAUGGACGUGUCAUUGGUAAGGGUGGAACACAGACAGGUGGUGAGCUUGACCGCGAUGACGAUUCUAGCGAACAACAAUGGGAUGAGCGAUCUUACCAGGCCCUGCUAGACAAGAAAAACAGAUACGAAGAGGAGCUUCGUGCCCUUCCCAAGCAGGACCGACAGUACACCCAAGAACAAGCUCUCCAGGUCGAGCUACUAGACUUGGAGGAGCAAAUCACCCGAGCAAAAGAGGAAGCCCGAGCGCUUGGACGUAAUAUCGACAGCUUGAAGAAGGAGCUGGCGCAUCACAAGAGUGAGCUGAAGGGAGUUCGUCCCAAUUACGAAAAGCAGGCACAACGGUUACAGAACCGAGAGGCAGAACUCGAGAGCUACCAAGACUCAGUGAACCAGGUCAAUGAUCAGGUAUUCGCCGCAUUCUGCCAACGGCUCGGUUACGAGUCUAUACGCGACUACGAAGCCCAACAGGGUACGGUCCAGCAAGAAGCAGCUGAGAAGCGUCUCGAGUUUAGCAAGCAGCGUAGCAGGCUUCAAUAUCUAAUGAAGCAGGUUGACUCAUCCCACAGAGGUGUUGAAGAGCGCCUCAAGCAAGCAGAGGAGGAGAUCAAGCGCAAGACUGCCGAUAUCAGUGAGCUCGAAGCUAAGCAAGAAGAGCUGCAAAAUGCCCGAGACGUUCUCCAGGCCGAGUUGGAAACGCUACAGGACCAGCGUACCCGUUUAGAGCAGAAGUUGGCUGAACGAGUUGCGGCUGUCAAGGAGGCACGACGCACCCUGGACCAGCGCAACGAAAAGGUCAAGAACGUGCUGAAGGAGGUCGACGAAGAAGACGCAAAGAUCAAAUCGAGCGCGACGAACCGCUACAACGUUCUUAAGGAGUGUCGAGUGAACGAGAUCAAGAUUCCGCUUACAGAAGACUCAAAGCCACUGACGUCGCUACCGAUGACCGACAUGCCGCGACCAGACGCCGAUGCUAUGGAUGUUGACGAGGACACUGAUUCGACCCAAAUACAGCCUGCAGAAGUGGACGACUACGGUAUCGACGUCGACUUUGACGAGCUAGACGAGGAGUUGAAGACAGAAAUUGUUGAGAUACUCGAAACUGAGGACGAACAAGAUGACCGUGUAAAAUCCCAGAAGCUCAAGGCUGCUGAAUCCAAGUUGACUGAUGUGAUUGCAAACCUCGAGACCGACAUCAACAAGGCUACACCUAACAUGCGCGCCGCCGAGCGUCUCGCUGCAACAGAAACACGUCUCAAGGCUAUAGAUGAGGCGUUCGCCGAGACACGCAAGCGCGCAGCGGCUGCAAAGAAGGCGUUCGAGGAAGUCAAGACGAGACGCUACGAUCUGUUCAUGAAGGCAUUCAACCACAUUUCCGAGAAUAUCGGCGGCACCUACAAGGAUCUGACCAAAUCGCCACAAUUCCCUCUAGGAGGGCAGGCCUACCUCGACAUGGAAGACAGCACAGAGCCGUAUCUAGCAGGUCUCAAAUACCACGCCAUGCCGCCGCUCAAGCGUUUCCGUGACAUGGAGCAUUUAUCAGGUGGUGAGAAGACCAUUGCUGCAUUGGCUCUGCUGUUUGCGAUCCACAGCUAUCAACCUUCGCCAUUCUUUGUCCUCGACGAGGUGGACGCUGCACUGGACAACGUCAAUGUUAGUCGGGUUGCCAAGUACGUCCGCGAACAUGCUAGUCCGGGUAUGCAAUUUAUUGUCAUUUCCUUGAAGGCAGGCUUCUUCCAGGAGAGUGAGACACUGGUGGGCGUUAUGCGGGAUCAGGGUAAGAUGACGAGCAAGUACCUCAGUCUAGACGUAAUUGCGGAGAUAUCAACCUGCUUAGUCUUUCGGAAUGAAAGCGCAACGAUCCUGCGGCGUCUAAUGAUGAUCGUCUUUCAUGAAUUCAAGCUUUCAACGGUCCGACGUUGCAUGCACAACCCUGACCCCGCCAUCAUGACCCCAGAUAUUCCGCACAAGGAUCGACCUGUCAAACCUGUCAGCGAAACCUCACCACUUCUGCCAAAGCCCACAGGCGACGCGCAGGUGAUUGAUGUUCAAACUGGCAUCGCACCGGAAGGCGUACAUGCUGAAGAUGGAGGAGAUGUUGAGCGACAGGUCAGCCAUGGCGAUGCGUUCAAACACCAGGGCCUGCCGGAAGUCAGAAAGCGGAUGAAAUAUAUCUUCCCAGCAAUAGCUAUCGGAGUCUUCCUCUCAUCGGCCGACCAAACCCUCGUCAUAACGACAUAUGGCACCAUCGGAACCGACCUGCACGCUCUGUCCUCUACAUCCUGGAUCGCGACAGGCUACUUCCUUACGCUAUCCGCUUUCCAGCCUCUCUACGGGAAGCUCUCGGAUAUAUUUGGUAGAAAGCAAUGUUUGCUCUCCGCGUACCUGAUCUUUGGGGUCGGGAGCGUGGGCUGUGGUCUUGCGAGAAACAUUGGUGAGCUCGUUGCUGCAAGAGCUUUCGCUGGCGUAGGUGGUGGCGGCAUGAGUGUGUGUACAAGCAUACUGCUGAGCGACAUUGUGAGCCUAAGGGAACGAGGGCAAUGGCAGGGCUAUGUCAACCUCGUGUAUGCUUUCGGUGCUUCUGCUGGUGCGCCCCUCGGCGGAUUGCUGGCAGAUAGCAUUGGUUGGCGGUGGGCGUUCCUGGCCCAGGGCCCAAUGUGUGCCAUGGCCUUCAUUGCUGUGGCGCUUGUGCUUGAGCUUCCCAAGCAAGACCAGUCGCAUUGGAAAGAGAAGGUAAAGAGGAUUGACUUUCUAGGUGCAGUGAUCCUGAUCUUUGCCGUCUUUGGGUUACUUAUCGGCCUCGAUCGCGGCUCCAACGUGUCCUGGAACAAUCCAAUUACCAUCGCCGGUCUUGCUUCUACGCCAUUAUUCGUCGUCUUCGUGCUUGUUGAAAAAUACGUGGCGACUCAUCCCUUUGCUCCUGGCCGCAUCAUCCUCAACAAGACACUCUUCGCAUGCUAUCUUUGCAACUUCUUUUCCUUUGGAGGAUGGCUGGCUGCACUGUUCUUCAUACCACUCUAUUGGCAGGUCAUGGGCGACUACAGUGCUUCGAAAGCCGGGUUAUUCCUUGUUCCAUCUAUCAUCCUUGGUGUUAGUGGCUCGCUCUUCAGCGGCUUCUAUAUGCGACGUACUGCGAAGUACUACUGGAUCACCGUAAUAGCCUAUACAAAUCUGAUGAUUGGGUUGUCAUUGAUCCUCCUAUUCGCUGGACUCAUCAUGGAGAGCCUACCGGCUAUGGUGGUGGCAACAUGUGUAUGCUCUUUCAGCAACGGCAUAGGUGUCACGACUACCCUUAUCGGACUCAUCGCAAACGCCUCUCAUACUGACCAAGCAGUUGCCACCGCUUGUUCGUACCUGUUCCGUUCUCUCGGGUCUGUCUUUGGUGUCUCCAUGUGCGCAACCGCGUUUAACCAGACCCUUCGCAGAUCUCUUCAAGAAAAGCUACAGGGCGACGAUGCGGCCGAGAUUGCAGAUCGUGUCAGAGCUGGAUUGGCUUACUACAAGGGUCUGGAUCCGGCACUCAAGAGCAUCGUCAAGGAGUGCUAUGGACAGGCUACCAGGGCAGCGUUGUGCGUGGGUAUCGUCCUUGUUGCUGGGAGCGCCAUCUUCGCGUGGUUCAUCAAAGAAAAGAGCCUGGAGGAUAGUAAGAGUAGGAGUGCUGAUCCUGAGAUAGCCGAGGAGUGA